AUUUACAUAGUUACAAUUUUUACUAUAUAAAACUUUAUAUGUAUAAUAUUUUGCAAUUAUUUCGCAUGUAGUAAUGUCUAAUUGGACUGGAAAUAUCACAUCCUUUUGUUAAGGAUGUUCCACUCUUAUAGGUUUUAUUCAUUCCUGUUUAAAUCAAACAUUCCAUAUUCAAUUAAUCUCAUUAGAGUAAAUCUUCCAAAAACAAUUUAUACCCAAAAUGUUUCCUUUUCUUCUUCAUUAAACAAUCUAGGUAACGCCGAGGAAUCUCCCACAUACCUUGAUGAUUCUUCUCCAAAUGAUACUCAUUCUUCGGAAAAUGAACAUACAACACAUUUACAUUCUGAAGAUUGUUUAGUUGAUGAGGAAAUUAGUGGAUUGGCAUCACCAUUUUCAGCUAUGUGUUGGCAUAAAGGCCCAUAUUCAGAUUAUUUUUCAGAUGAUAACACAGAUCAUGAUUCUUCGGUAAAUUAUGGGAAUGAGUUUACAUAUAGUUCUGGAAAUAAUCAAAUAUCUACACAGCCUAAUCUAACAGAUGAAAUGGACCAUUUAUUGUCUGUUGAAAGGAAGGAAAAGGACAGGGUAAGGUUACUUCUUGAAAGAAAUAAACCACUAAAAAUCGACCAACAAAUCAAAGAUAAACAACUUGCAAGUAAGGUCUCAACUCUUAAAUUGUUAUCUAUAUCUUCAAAGAUAGCAUCUAGAAGACCAUCCAGUGCGAAACCUCAGCUUGAUGUAUCAAAUUACCUAAAGGAGAAAAGAUACCAAAAAUUGUUAUUAAAGGACACAAAUAACUCAUAUAAGGGUAAAGAACAUAAGAAUAAUCACAGAAAAGAAACAAGUAUUGAGACUAUAAGAGUUUUAGAUGUGGACAGGUUACCAUUACCAAUACUACAUCACAUGCUGUGCUACACAUUAGUAAAAAACAUUCCUGCUGAAAACGUCUUGAAGAUAAUCUCAAAUAUUGCAAGUCUAAGGGACAAAAAUAAGCACAUUUGUUACAGAAACUUGUUUAGACUGGCAAUUUUUCACUCAAGCCCAGUUUGUGCGCCUGAAAUAAUCGCAGCGUUGACCAGGUCCUACCAGAGCAUAAGCAUACCCUUCAUGGUAGACUAUGUUAGGAAAUACGGCACUUUUUCAAGAAAGUUUCUUGCAAAUUUAAUUAAUAGGUAUUCAGAUCCCUUUCCUCUUGAUUUCCUAAGAUAUGAGAGUCAUUCUAGAAACUUACCAAUGAUCUUAACAAGGCCUUCAUCUCUAAUAAGUUAUGUUAACUUGUUGAAAAACUGUUCGGCAAAACGUUUCAUGUAUUUAAGUCUUUUAAACUAUGGACAUGUACCAAACACUCAAAAGUUUGAUAAAAUUCAUGCGUAUGGCACUAUGGAUUACAAGUUAAGUGACGAGAUUCUAUCAUUUGAGAAGUUACUUGACGAAAAUAUUUUAAUAUCCGAUAACAAGGAAGACCCAAACAGGCCAAAGAUUUAUGAUAAGAUUUUAGAGCUUCAGCAUUCCGGUGAAUCAAAUUUAGAGGAUUUGGAACUCGAACCUCAAACACAUGAACCCUCAUCAACAAACUUACAAUUUAUAAAAGUACUAGGUCAACAAGAAGACAUCUUUAAAGAUACUCAUAAAACUCAUAAUUUCAACCAGGGUUAUAGGGAUAUAGAUGACACUAUCCCUAGGGAUGGUAGUCAUAUAUCUUGGUCAUUACCCUGGGGGCUUAAAAGAGAUGUUUUUCAUUACAGAGGGAAAUCUUACAAACUGGACCCACAAAGUGGCUGGAUAAGUGUAAAGUCUAACGUGAGAAUAAAUUAUCUAAAGAACGUGAAGAUGAAUAAGAGGAAGAGGGAAAGAAGGCUCAUGAGGAUGCGAGUGACUAAACAGGCUAAACUAAGAGUUUUAAGUACCUUGUAAAUUAAUUUAAAUUAAAUUAAUA